UUUUUUUUGCCCUUAUCAAAGAUGGCGUCCGCAGACUUCCGGGAUCACUCUUUGUGGGCAUCUCGCUGUACUUAGACCAAUUUCUAAUGGGAAUCUCAUGGCGUCCUCGCUGAGCGGCAUGUUUUCAGCGCAGCCUCCUGGCCCCCCACCUCCCAUGCAACCCGGGGUGGGGCCGGGACUCAUGUCAACUCCCCCCGGGGCCAAGAACCCCAAUAACACCCUGGUGGAUGAUUUGGAAUCUUCAUUCGAGGCUUGUUUUGCUUCCCUUGUUAGCCAAGAUUAUGUAAAUGGUACAGAUCAGGAAGAAAUCCGGACCGGGGUUGAUCAAUGCAUUCAGAAGUUUCUAGAUGUUGCCAGACAAACGGAAUGUUUUUUCCUUCAGAAAAGAUUGCAUCUUUCUGUCCAAAAGCCUGAGCAGGUUAUUAAAGAGGAUGUCUCAGAGCUGAGGAAUGAGCUACAGCGGAAGGAGGCACUCAUCCAGAAACAUCUUGGAAAACUUCGAAGUUGGCAACAGAUCUUAGAAGAAAUAAAUGUACAACAUAAAAAGACAAGUGAGAUGGCACAGGGGCCACUUGCCUACUUGGAGCAAGCUUCAGCCAAUAUUCCAGCGCCCAUGAAGCAAAAGUGAUUGCCAUCCAUGUACUGAGUAUAUUUUCAUGUUUAAUGAAUAUGUGCUUUUUGUAUAUCAUUUGUUAGUAAAAUAAAAUACUUAUUUUUGGUUUUAUAAAUGUAUGUAUGUUUAUUUUAUUAAUUAAAAGAAAAAUCUUUUAAUUGUAUUUUAACUUUGAGGAUGGAUGUACUUUUCUGUCACGGACUGUUAAGAUUCAACCAUCCCGAUUGUUAGCUGGUAACCAUUUAUUGACUGAUCAGUGUGGCAGCUCAUGCAUAGUCUCAUUGCCGAAUAGACUUGGAAAAUAAAAAGCAAUUGUUUCUCCAAACAUG